GUUUCGGACCGGGACGGGAUCAUGUCAAAUCGGAGAAGGAAUCAUACUAUUUAAGCAAAAGAAGUAGAUGCAGGAUGGAGUCCGCUCCACGCCACAUCGGAUCCUAUAAAUUCCCCGCCUUUUCUUCUCCACUCCACUCAUCACAAAUCUCUCUCUCUCUCCUCCUCCUCUCUCUCUCUCUCUCUCUCGCUCGCUCUCCAAGCUCCAGCUAGACUGUCCUGCUCUGCUUCGGUGCUUGCUACUGUGCACAGCCAGCCAGCUGCAGGCCUGCAGCAGAGAAGCUCUGCAGUGCAAUGGAGAGGCCUGCGCAGGCGCCCACGCAGCUGCCGCCGGGGUUCCGGUUUCACCCCACCGACGUGGAGCUGGUAGUGCUGUACCUCCGCCGGCAGGCCCUGGCUCGCCCGCUGCCGGCCGCCGUCAUCCCCGUCGUCCACGACGUCGCCAGGCUCGAUCCAUGGGACCUCCCUGGGGCAAGCGAAGGGGAGGGCUACUUCUUCAGCCUGCUGCGGCGAGCGCCGGCGACCGGCCGUGGCAGCCGCAGGAGGAGAGCUGGAAGCGGGUACUGGAAGGCCACGGGGAAGGAGAAGCCGGUGUUCCUGCAGUGCGGCGGCGGCGUUGGCGGCAAGGGGCAGCUGCUCGUGGGCGUCAAGACGGCGCUCGCCUUCCACCGCAGUGAGCCGCCGGCGCCGUCGUCGCGGACCGGCUGGAUCAUGCACGAGUACAGGCUCGCCGUGUCCCGCGGCGUGGCCGAGCAGAGAGAGAAGAAUGCGAGCCAGGGUUGCGUUGCUGCGCCGGGAGAGUGGGUCGUGUGCCGGGUCUUCCUGAAGAACGGAGCAAGAAGCAGGCCGAACCGGGAUGCCAACAGCAAAGCUCUGGGACACCGCGCCUCCGCUGCGCCGCCGCAGCCGCCACCGCAGCACCGGGAAGAUGUGGGAGGACGACGGCAGCAGCCGUUGCUACUCUCGUCGUCGCAGUCGUCGUCCUCGAGCUGUGUCACCGGCGCUACCGACUUGGCAGACCAAGACGACGAAGUCAGCGGCGGCGGCGGCGGCAUAAGCAGAGAUACCCCAGCUGACCCUCAAAGAGAGGCCUACUAGGGAUUUUUAAGUGUUCUCCCCCCCCCUCUCUCUCUCUUGCCCCGUUAAGCAUCAGAUAAUCAGGUUUAAGGCAAGCCCAGCGCAAGAAUGGUCCAGAUCCCGAAAUACCAUGUCAAACAGAUUUAGCAACCUGAGUUUUGAAUCAGGAGCGAUAGUUGCUACGGUAGAUCUGUGGUGUGGCAUGCACUUGGAUUUGAUGCUAGAAAAUGGGCGCUGCGGCGGCCCAGUAGUGUGUAAAAGCUAAAAUGGCGGUUAAUUUGAGGUGGAAUCCUGGUUGUAUUGUAUAUAUAGAAUCGUGGUCACUACGGCUGCCGUACCAUGAAUAUAUUUCAUAAUACUCCCUCUAUCGGUUUAUCCUAAUAAAUAUAUAAAGCGUAAUUAUUAUUUGUCGA